GAAAAUAUCUUGUGUUAAUUUUGUUGUGAUCGAUAGGGUUUUCUAUGCCCAGUGCAGGUGGACUAACCGCGCAAUUGUUUGCCCAAAAAAAGAAAGAAAAAGGAAAAAAGAAAAAAUCGUGACUUUCCUGCGAGUCGUAGUUGGUGAGGGGGGUAGCUCGGGUCGCUAGUUAUGCCUUCUGUAAAAUGAUAUACAUCAGCAUUUGUUGAAUUGAGGGGAAGCAUUUUUAAGAGAGGACGAAUUUUUUUCUUGAAGAACAGACAUGGCGACUGCAGCAGAAAUUGCGGCGAAGUUGAAUUUGAAGCCCCACGUGGAAGGUGGGUUUUACGCGGAAACCCUCAGAGAUACAUCCGUUCUUCUCUCUAAAUCUCAGCUUCCUCCCCAAUAUAAGGUUGAUCGCCCGGUAAGUACAUCCAUUUACUUCUUGUUGCCUUCUGGAAGUGUAUCACUUCUCCAUCGCAUCCCUUGUGCUGAAACCUGGCAUUUUUACAUGGGAGAACCUUUGACGAUAUUGGAGCUGAAUGAGGAUGAUGGGAGUGUAAAAUUGACUUGCUUAGGACCUGAUAUAGUCACAGGCAAUCAACAGCCACAGUAUACAGUGCGUCCAAAUGUGUGGUUUGGUUCAUUUCCAACAAAGGACAUCACCAUUUCCUUGGAUGGAACAAUGAUCAAAGCUGCGCCGAGGGAUGCCCAGAGGCACUACACUCUUGUAGGAUGCACUUGUGCACCGGGCUUUCAGUUCGAAGACUUUGAGUUGGCAAAACGCUCAAAACUUCUUUCAUGCUUUCCCAGUCACGAGUCCCUCAUCUCUUUCCUCACCAACCCUGAGUAAGAAGGGAAAGCCUGCUUUGUAAGGUUGUUUUCACUCUAAUAAUUUUGACUUGUUUUGAAAGCUUGUGUUUUGAAUCUAGUGGAAAGGGUUAUGUCCAAUCAUUUCAAUCCAUUUUGGGAUUAAAA